GAGGACUGUGUUAAAGAAGUUAAUUUUCCUCGGCGGAAAGCGCGGCUAGCAUUGUCACCAUGAUCCUUAACUACAGCGCAUCGCGCCAUAUGUACUGUACUGCGUCAUGAGGAUACACGUGCAAGGUGCAGCAUCUCGCGGAUACAGCCCUCGCUUUCCUCGGUCGCUGCGACACGCCACUGGGAGUGGAUGGAAUGGAUGAAGGCACAACUCUCACUGCGCGCGCCGCGUGCGGUUGUGGUCACUCGCUCCGUUGGAACAGACGUCGGACUCAGUACACAGAUUAGUGUUCUUGUCUAUUACGAUCUAAAUGCGCGUAAGAACAGUGAUAGCGCAGUUUCUCUUAAAAAUAAUUAAUAGGAAUGUGAAUGCAGCGAUUUUUGUUCGGUAACAAAGAAGACUAGUGAAAUGUUGUUAUUUGCACAGUAACCGUAAUACGAUUUCUUGGCUUUUGGACAACCUUAAUGAGGAACAGAUUAUUUAUAUUUCUAUAAGACGCUUCCUCCUUCUGCACUUUUCAGUUAUGAUUAUUAGAAUAUCAUGGCUUCUGCAUAUAUUGAUUACUGUCGCCAUAGCAGUCUUGGUAUCAGGUAGUCCUAUAUUUUUUCAACAAACAAGAGAUAGCAAAGCUUUAAUAAAAUGGAACCCACCUGUAGACGAAUGGAAUUGGACAAUAACACCACGAAACGAAGAGCCAUUCUUUGUGCCAUCCAACUUCACUCACAAACUGCCUCCUUCAGCCAACGAAACCGAAUUAAUCGCUCAUAUGGCUGCACUGAAAAGAAAUUAUUCACGAUUACUAUGGGACAAUGACAAGAGUACUAACUUGCCUCUAUUUGUGGAAAAAGCUUUGAAAUUGCUCAAUUUAAAACAAGUUUAUUAUGAAGUAGAACACUCUGUAAUGUCUAAAGUCUCUUGUACAGCAUGCAAAGCCGGAGCCGGCCUUCUGCAACAUUAUAUCAAAGCAGGGAAAAGCAAGGAUGAAAUUACAAAAAUGAUCUAUCAGUUUUGUGUAUCUUUGAAUAUUCAAUCCACCCGUGUUUGUGAAGGUGUAACGCGACUUUUUGGGAGUGAAGUUGUAUACGUGUUAAAACGUAUUACUAUAGGUCCCAAUGAAAUAUGCAGUUUUGUAAUAGGAGAUGCUUGCGGUGACGUUUACAACCCAUACCAUGAAUGGGAAGUGUCUUUUCCACCAGUGCCGAAGCCAUCUACGCGUUCACUUGAUAUUCCUGUUGACAAAGCACCAACAUUCAAAGUCUUACAAAUUUCUGACACGCACUUUGAUCCUUACUAUGCCGAAGGUGCCAACGCAGAAUGCAACGAACCGCUCUGCUGCCGUGCAUCGAGCGGUCCAGUGCUAACACCGGCCAGCGGAGCCGGCCGCUGGGGAGAUUACCGUAAAUGUGAUACACCCAAACGAACCAUUGACCACAUGUUGAAACAUAUUGCUGAUACACACACAGACAUUGAUUACAUAUUAUGGACGGGAGAUCUUCCACCACACGAUGUCUGGAAUCAAACGAAAGAAGAAAACCUUAAGGUCCUCCAAGAAACUGUGGCGCAAAUGUCGGAUAUGUUCCCCGGAGUUCCAAUUUUCCCUGCACUGGGCAACCAUGAAUCUUCACCAGUAAACAGUUUUCCACCACCAUACAUCUCGUCUCCGGAAUCGAGUAUAGCCUGGCUGUACAAUGAGUUGGAUGCGCAGUGGCGACGUUGGUUGCCUGCCGGCGUCUCUUAUACAGUGCGUCGCGGAGCCUUCUACUCGGUGCUGGUGCGACCCGGAUUCCGGAUUAUAUCGGUCAAUAUGAACUAUUGCAACAAUAAAAACUGGUGGUUGUUAAUGAACAGCACCGACCCCGCCACUGAACUGCAAUGGUUAAUAUACGAAUUGCAAUCAGCCGAAUUCAGUGGUGAAAAGGUUCAUAUUAUUGGCCACAUCCCCCCUGGACACUCAGACUGCCUGAAAGUUUGGAGUCGUAAUUAUUACGCUAUUAUUAAUAGAUACGAAUCAACAAUAACGGCACAAUUUUUCGGGCACACCCAUUUUGACGAAUUCGAAGUAUUUUACGAUCCGAACGAUCUCGGCAGAGCCACUAACAUAGCUUACGUGGGCCCAUCCGUAUCUCCUUAUUACGAUUUGAAUCUAGGAUAUCGAAUAUAUUAUGUGGAUGGUGAUCAUGAUGCAACAACAAGACAAGUGGUAGACCAUGAAACUUGGAUUAUGAACUUAAAAGAAGCAAAUCAAUUUGGUUAUCCGAUCUGGUACAAGUUGUACUCAGCGAGGUCAGCGUAUUCUAUGCCGGCUCUCCGACCGCAGGACUGGGAUAAGUUUAUAGACGAGAUGACUGCUCAGGAAACAGUUUUUAACUUAUAUCACAAGCAUUACUGGAAGAACAGUCCUAGACGUGGGAUAUGCGAUGGUGAGUGUCGCAAACGGCUAAUUUGCGAUGCGCGCUCUGGACGCUCGCACGACCGCCGAGCGUUGUGCGGACAUAUAGAAGCACGCAUUGAUGGUACCUCACCAGCACCCCAGACCUGGCGCGCCUGGUUCUACAAUGGAUUAUCUGUCUCACCUAUACCUAGUGUACAGCAAGUAUAAAUGGUGAUGGAACUAAAUUUUGAAACUACCUGCACGCUUAGAAUAAGGAUGUCAAUGAUAAUGCAAUUACCUCAAGUGGCGUAUCAAAUACCAAAGUUUGUAUUGGGACUCGGCUGAAAAUACUAUAAAAACAACAUUUGAGCUAAAACGGAAUUCGUGUCACCACCGCUGAUUAUGAAAAUAUAAAGCCUCACUUGCAUUUGUUUAACUUUUGGAAACUUAAACAUGACAUUAUUUU